AUGUCAGCCACAAACUUUCAUGAGGUCAACUCGGCCGAUCACUUCCAGCAGCUGCUCUCUACAGACUUGGAGAGAGUAUCCUUGAUCAACUUCUGGGCACCAUGGGCGGAGCCCUGCAAGCAGAUGAACGAAGUUGUAAUGGUGCUUCAGGUCGAGGCAGAGCAGCAAUCGGACAUUGCAGAGUCGUUUGAGAUUGAGGCAGUACCUGCAUUCAUUGUCCUCCGAGUACGCUCCUCAAUUCAUCGAGGACACACUCUUCUUGCCCGAAUCUCAGGGGCAGACGCAUCCGCUCUCACCGACGCCAUCACCACCCACGCACGUUCCAAGCCCUCCAUCAAGGCGCUCGCCCAGACCGACGCCGCGCCCGCAGAGCCAGAGAAGGAGGAGACGCAAGAACAGUUGAACGAGCGGCUGCGCGGCCUCAUGAGCAAGGACAAGGUUGUUCUCUUCAUGAAGGGCGAGCCCGACGCGCCGCGCUGCGGCUUCUCGCGGCGGAUGGUCGCCCUCCUCGCCGAGCAGGAGGUGUCCUACUCGCACUUCGACAUCCUCAGCGACGACUCCGUCCGGCAGGGCCUGAAGGUGCUUAACAGCUGGCCGACAUUCCCGCAGCUCAUCAUCAACGGCGAGUUCGUGGGCGGCCUGGAUAUCAUCCAGGAGAUGGUUGAGAACGGCGAGCUGAAGGAGCUGCUCGUGCAGUAA